UUCGGUUCUAACGAACGGUAAAAAUUUCGUCAAUUGAAGCGUUUCAAUUGAAAGUUAGAAAUUAUUUAAUUGAACUGACGCGGUCAAUUAAACUCGAAAUAUUUUUUGCAUCUUUUUUUUACUGUGUCAAACUUUUCAGCGGAGCUUUCGGCAAAAGGAGUAAUUGCAAACAAAUAAAAUACAAAUAGAGAACAACAAGUAGAAGACGACGACGACGACGACGACUCAACGAUGGGCAACAUACACACGACGGGUCCCAAUGAGGCGUUAAUUGUUUCAGGUGGCUGCUGUGGAUCGACCAAGAAGCGCACGAUUGUGGGCGGCUGGGCGUGGGCGUGGUGGCUGGUGACCGAUGUCCAGCGACUGUCCCUCAAUGUGAUGACCCUGAAUCCGAUGUGCGAGAACGUGGAGACGUCGCAGGGUGUUCCCCUAACGGUGACCGGAGUGGCCCAAUGCAAGAUCAUGAAGUCAUCUUCGUAUAAGCAAACCGAUUAUCAUAACGACGAGGCCGACGAGCUUCUAGGCACCGCCAGUGAGCAGUUCCUCGGAAAGAGCGUAAAGGAGAUCAAGCAGACGAUCCUGCAGACCCUCGAAGGACAUCUGAGAGCCAUAUUGGGAACGCUUACAGUAGAAGAGGUAUACAAGGACCGCGACCAGUUCGCUGCCUUGGUGCGCGAGGUGGCCGCACCGGACGUGGGUCGCAUGGGCAUCGAGAUCCUAUCGUUCACCAUCAAGGACGUCUACGAUGAUGUGCAGUAUCUGGCCUCGUUGGGCAAGGCCCAGACCGCUGUGGUCAAGCGGGAUGCCGAUGCCGGCGUGGCGGAGGCCAAUCGAGAUGCCGGUAUACGUGAGGCGGAGUGCGAGAAGAGCGCCAUGGAUGUGAAAUACUCGACGGACACAAAGAUCGAGGACAACACCAGGAUGUACAAGCUGCAGAAGGCCAAUUUCGAUCAGGAGAUCAAUACGGCCAAGGCCGAAUCGCAGCUGGCCUACGAACUGCAGGCGGCCAAGAUACGCCAGCGCAUCCGUAACGAGGAGAUCCAAAUCGAGGUGGUGGAGCGACGCAAGCAGAUCGAGAUCGAGUCGCAGGAAGUGCAGCGCAAGGAUCGCGAGCUCACUGGCACAGUCAAGCUGCCCGCCGAGGCCGAGGCCUUCCGCCUCCAGACCCUCGCGCAGGCCAAGCAAUGCCAGACCAUCGAGGGUGCCCGUGCCGAGGCGGAGCGCAUCCGUAAGAUCGGAUCGGCGGAGGCCCAUGCCAUCGAGUUGGUGGGCAAGGCGGAGGCGGAACGCAUGCGGAUGAAGGCCCACGUGUACAAGCAGUACGGCGAUGCUGCAAUCAUGAACAUUGUGCUCGAGUCGCUGCCCAAGAUUGCCGCUGAAGUGGCUGCACCACUGGCCAAGACCGAUGAGAUUGUCCUGAUUGGCGGCAAUGAUAAUAUAACCAAUGACGUGACCCGCUUGGUGGCCCAGCUACCGCCAUCAAUCAACGCCCUGACCGGCGUGGAUCUGUCCAAGGUUUUGUCCAAGAUUCCGGGGGCCAAGGCGUGAAACCUAAUGGAAUGGGAUAUCCAGGAAAUGGCAAUGACAACGUAACGCAGCGCAAAGGAAUUGUAACCGAUACAAAAACAAA